AAGCGAAUGCUGCCGUCUGAAAAGUAAGUUUGUUUCACAAAGAUAUUGGCACACACACAAUACAGGAAAAGUUAGAAUCCAACUUUUUUUUUUCUCUUGCUCUUAUACGGUGUUUACCUCUUUUGUUAAGUGACCGAAAUACACCCGUCAAUCGAGGUACAAGCACAUCUGCUCAAUUGAUUCGUUUGAUGACGUCCACCAUGCUACCUCAAACCCGUGAUGCGGUUUGCGAAUGUCUAUUUGUACUGUGCAACGAAGAUGCCACUCAAUUAACACAGGAAGUGGGUUACGGUAACGCGAUUGGAUUUCUUGUCAACCGUGGGAUCGCCGUGGAACCACCUCGGGGAUCAGACGCAAAUGAUCCCAACAAGCAAAUUAAUCCUAUUACGGGACAAUAUGUGUCUGCAGAGGAAGCUGCCGGUCCAAGUUUGGCGGAGAUGACGGACGAGGAAAAGGAACGGGAAGCCGAGCGCUUGUUUGUCUUGUUUGAGCGAUUAAAGAAGAAUGGAAUCAUUCAAGCCGAAAACCCUAUCAUUGCCGCGAAACAAUCGGGCCGAUUCGAGGAGAUCCCGGAUGAUAAGUCAAGCGACGAUGAAAAGUAAAAAAAAAAGUUUAAAAGAAGCCCCUAUCUAAUAUAUACUUUAUACCUGCCUCUGCUUUCGGUUAUUGAACCCUUCUUCACUCCAUCUAUGGCACCCUUUCUCCUCCAAAAACUCUUACUCUCUCGUUCUCUGUUUACCCAAUACUACCUAAAUAACUCGUUUACUGUCAUGUUUCUAUCAUUAGACUAAGGUUGAAGGCCCUCGGAAAAAUGAUGUGAUUGUUCGUCAAUCAAUCCUUACAUAGUAAAAUGGCGUCAUCGAUAUAAGUGUUCUCAUAAAGUGGUAUGCCUCACUUUGCAUGAGUGGAUCACUUACUACAUCCUUGUAGAUGGUUGUAAGCCUCGGUAUACAAUUUGCAGUUGUGUUUAAAAACGCACUACUAGCUCUAUUAUCUGAAGAUCAUUAAUGUAGUAACAUCACUGCACCAGUGUCCCUGAC